AUGCACAAAACUUACCACUUGUUGAUAGCUGCAAUAUGCAUAGCGUUGCUAGGCAUGCCAGCCACAGCAUUGGAAAAACGGGCACCGCCAUUUACCCAAGAUCACGAUCCUACAGCAGACAACAUACCAAGUCAUCUUGGCAACUAUACCCAUUCGCACGAGGAUAUUGAACCACCCACAUACACCUGCACACCUAUCGGUGAGUGCGACGUAUGCACCCCUUUUGAAAAGAAAACGGCGCCGUAUUGCCAAGAUUUCGGUAACAAGGAGCGCGUGCGUUGCGAAUGGGAUGAUCCAGACUUGGCAGAGAACUUGAGGAAUCAAACAACACUAUACGACUUUGAUGCCGUUUCACUACCAUCUUACCGUGGAUGUCCACAUGUAAAGCGGAUAGAGCGUUGGAAAUUCAUCAAAUUUGAGAGCAUCAACUUUGUGGUGGCAAUCUUCUCGGUGACACUCGUCAUGUGGAGACAAAGGAAACUCGCACGAGAACAAUAUCAAAAACUUGCACAAAGAAUUGGCGUAGCUGUUUAG